UGCAUUUACGAUUUAACCUUAGAGAAAUUGCAAGUUACGAACUUUCAAAUAUAAUUAUGGCUUCUGAUUCUAUUCUAAGCAACAAUACAACAGCUGAUAACGCUGCGAAAAUUACUUUUACAACUUUUACUGAUAUCGCAGCCCUCUAUUUGCCUGUAAUCGGCACGAAUUCAAUGCUAAUUCUUGAAUUAUUUGAUAAGCAUUAG